AUGAGAGACUACCACGACCUCUACUUGGAGACUGACGUUCUUCUGCUGGCUGAUGUGUUUGAGAACUUCAGGAGAACAUGUCUGGAAAGUUACGAACUUGACCCCGCACAUUACGUGUCAGCACCUAGUCUAAGUUGGGACGCUUUCCUGAAAAAGUCAGGUGAAGAAAUAGAACUCGUAAGCGAUAUGGAUAUGUUCCAGUUCUUCGAGAAGGGUAUGAGAUGUGGUACAAGUUAUAUUGCUCAUAGACACUCCGAAGCUAAUAAUAAGUACAUGGAGACGUACGAUGAGUCGUCUGAGAACAAGUACCUAAUGUACCUCGAUGCCAAUAAUUUAUAUGGCUGGGCAAUGUCACAACCACUACCUAACGGAGAGUUUGAGUGGGUUGAGGAAGUUGAUGGUAUGAAUCUAGAGGAUUACUUGGGAGACAACGGAAGAGGGAUGGUUCAGGAGGUUGACCUGGAAUAUCCACAAGAACUUCACAACUUACAUAACGGUUAUCUUCUAGCACCGGAGAGUAAGGAAAUCAGUGCUUCUAUGUUGUCAGAUUAUGCGAAGAGUAUUGUUGAGAAAUUCCAACUGAAAAUUGGAGGAGUAAGAAAACUUGUGACUUCACUAGGUCCCAGGAAAAAUUACGUCCUACAUGCACGCAAUCUGAAACUGUACACAGACCUUGGGAUGAAACUCAUGAAGGUCCAUAGAGCGGUUACGUUCAAGCAGUCUCCCUGGCUUAAGGACUAUAUAGACUUCAAUACAAAGAAAAGGUCUGCAGCCCGUAAUACGUUCGAAAAGAACUUCUUCAAGUUGAUGAACAACUCAAUCUACUGAAAGACUAUGGAGAAUCUUAGGAAAAGGGUUGAUGUGAAAUUAGUGUCCUCCGAAGACGACCUCCUAAAACUGACAGCAUCACCGUGCUUCCAGUCACAUCGAAUCAUGAAUGAGAAUCUCAUAGUGGUAAAGAGGAUGAAAGAAGUUCUAACGCUAAAUAAACCGUGUUACGUAGGAAUGAGCAUAUUAGACUUAUCCAAGACUUUAAUGUACGAUUUCCACUACAACACCAUCAAGAAGGAGUACGGUAACAGGUCAAGGCUACUGUUCACUGAUACUGACAGUCUGAUGUACGAACUGAAGACGAAUGAUGUUUAUGAGGACUUUAGGAGGAUUGGUGAAGAGCAAGACUGUUGGGAUAAUUCAGAUUACCCAAAAGAUUCUCCGUACUACUCAGACCACAACAAGAAGGUUAUAGGUAAGUUUAAGGACGAAGCUGAAGGAGUACCCAUAAUUGAGUUCGUUGGGCUAAGGGCAAAGAUGUACUCCUAUGUUAAGGAAAACGGUGGAGGUGGAAUGACUGCUAAGGGAGUUAAAAA